GGCUGAGCUGUGACUUCACUUCAAUCUCAUACUCAAACAUACAAGAAGUACUAACGGGCCGUUGUUGUGAGAUACGAUUUCAAACAAACACUUGUUGAACUCUUUUUUUUUCAUUUCAUACUUGUUUCUGCUCAUUUUUAAAAGAUUGUUUUUAAUCGUGAAAGCGGCGUUUUUACACCAUGCGGCGAUUAUUAGCCGCCGCCGUCCUCUGGUCGCUCCUGAAAGUGUCACUGUGUAUUCAGGUGAUCGUCCCCCAGCAGGACCGCAGCACUGCUCUUUUUGCCUCUGUGAUUCUGCGCUGCGACUUCUCAACAUCUGCAAGCCUCCAAGAUGUACUGGUCACCUGGAGGUUCAAGUCCUUCUGUAAGGACCCUGUACUGGAGUACUACUCCACAUCUUACCAAUCAGCACUUCAGCUGGGCCAGGAUCCUGCUAAUGACUGUCCCGAUCGCCAGCGCACAAUUCGUACCGUGAUUCAGAAGAGAGGAAACAAUGAGCCCAUACGCGGUGCAGAAUACCGUGAUCGCAAGAUCUCUAUCCAAGACAAGGCUGAUCUGGUCAUCAACGAGGUGAUGUGGUGGGACAACGGUGUGUACUUUUGCUCCGUUGAUGCAGCCGGAGACACCACCGGAGACUCUGACAAAGAAGUCAAACUUAUUGUUUAUCAUUGGUUAACCGUACUUUUCAUCAUCAUCGGAGCUCUGCUGCUCAUCAUCUUACUUGGCAUCUGCUGGUGCCAGUGUUGUCCUCAGAGAUGUUGUUGCUAUGUGCGCUGUCCCUGCUGCCCACGGCAAUGCUGCUGUCCGGAAAAAGCGGUAAUGCAGCAUCGUAUGAUGAAGGAGGCUCAGAGGGCUAUGGCUCCAUGGGUGGGAGGACAGCCUGUAUAUGGACCAAUGACCCAGGCUUCCUCCUCUCAAAUUAACCCGCUACUAUACGCAGGAUCCAUGUCAGGGAAGAGCAUGCCUAUGAAGCCCAUGCCACUGCCCCCACCACAGUCGUCAGCUUAUAGCCUACCGGCGCCGAGUAUCCACGGCAGUCACACACCUGCCAACACUAAUCACAUGCUUGACUACAUGGAGAGUCAGGUGAGGGGUUUGGACAUGACCAGUCCCAUGCUUCAGGCUCAGCCGCCUCCACCUCCUCACAUGACACAGCUUCAACCUGCCCCCCAGCACAUGCCCAUCAGCGUCCCCUUUUCAGCCGGCCCUCCCAGCAUGAUUUCUGGUCUCGGUGACAUGCCUUCAGAUCGCCGCAUCAUCACCCUCCCGCCGAUACGUGAGCCAGGCCGAGUGCCGCCCCCCGCACCUAAGACUCGCCCUCCGAGCUCCAGCGACAGCAGCCAUGGCGGUUUCGGACGAGGGGAGCGCAGCACGCCGGGUCGACGGUAUCCUUCACCUACGAGAUCCAGAGGCAUUCCGAGGAGCUACAGCGAGGAAUCACUGGAUGGGCAGCCACGUGGCGGGCCACGAGGAGGCAUGGAUCGCCCUCGAUCCCGCUCUAGGGAUGAUCUCUUUGAUAGCAGGUCCAGAGGGAACUACAACCCACGGGGAGCAGGUCGGGCGGGAGGGUCCUGGAGCUCUGACGAUGAGGACAAUUAUCGGAGAGGAGGAGGAGGAGCAGGAGGAAGAGGAGGAGGAGGGAGGAGAGGUGGCGGAAGCUGGGGUGAGAAACCUCCCGGCUACACUGAGUACGAGCCUGGAAACAAACCAGGACCAAGAAGGAACGAUCACUACUCUGUUAAGAGCUAUCGCAGUGGCACCAGCGUCGUCAUCUGAACGGAGCUGUGAAACGCCCUUUGACCUCUGUUUCUGUUUCUGAGCUCACGCACACCUCACUUGAACUGGGAGUUGUUUGCAGCCCUGUUGUCAAACUCCUGGUUAAUUUGAAAUACUGUACCCUAUUGGCCAUCGGGGUUUAGAAAAAAAUAAAUGAGUGGCCGAAUAAGUUUUCAGAAAAUAUAUGAAAUACAGGAGUAAAAUAUUGGCCUCAUCUGAAAGCAUCACACCCGGGAGAAUAGAAAUCACUCCUGCCUUCCUGGGAGCAUAGAAAUGCUUGGAAAUAGAUGUCAAAUGUAUGAAGGCCUUCUACUGGAUGAUCAGUGAAAUUAGAACAUUGUUGAAUGUUGCUGCUUUUUUUUCUAUGAAAAGAUGUUUGAAUAUUUCGUCAAUGUCGUUGAUAUCUACCUUAAAGUCCAUGUACUAACAGUUUAUUUUUCUUCACUCUUCAGAAAGUUUAGCGCACUAAUUGAACACGUUUGUCUUACUAUUCAUGUUUUUUCCCCCACUACUCAUUUCACAUUUGGCCUACUCAUAUUCCAUUAGCAACAACUGGUACAGGGACUUAAAGCUGGAAAUCAAGGAUAUUGAAUAACUUUUCAAACCGCUCUUCAUAAUUAUUAAAGUUUGUGUUUUUAGAAUUGUCUUAGUUAUUCUUUCCAGGAAGUGACCAACUUUGUCUUUAUGAUAGGAAGGAUGUUACAGCUCUUAAAGGGCCAGUAGUGCUUGAUCACUGAACAAAAUACUGCAACUGUUACAUUAUGUUGAAAUUAUUUAAAGGGACACAGUGCUUGAUUUAUAUAUAUAUAUUUUUUCCCCCUUAAUUUUGUACAAAGUUAUCGCUGUGAAUCCUUGAAAUACAAUGGUGAAGCUUUUUUUGUACACUUGCAUGUAAUUAAAGCCAUUAAAGUGUAAAUAAUUGACAUACAA